AGGAGGACCAUGCUUCCUAAAGUGUAGGGAACGACGCUGUGGUUGACUUGAGUUUGCCUAGUGGCUCGCCGGCACGCAGGCGCAAAACGGACUAGGACAGAUCCAGGGAUAAAGGCUGACUCCCUGAACGAAGCAUCCUUGCAUCCAACUGCGUGAGAGGUGGGAGCGCAUCCCUGCCUCGAGCUGCCCCGAGCCACCACCUAGCCAGGUUUCUGGCAGAUCCUGGGCAUUGCCAUUUGGGGGUGAUGUUUGGAACGUAAAGCGUAGCUGCACAGUUUUUAAAUGUUUUAAAUAAUUAUAAGUAUUAUUAUUAUUGUUAUAUUUCCAAUUAAGGGAUCCAGUAAGGAGGCGUGCCCACACGUCCCUGCUUAGGAUGCAUUGGGCGUCAUCGCCCGCUUAGGAUGCAAGAGCUCCUUCCGUUUACGGGGCAUCCUUAGCCCCGAAAGAUGCAAACGUUCCCCUUUCCUGCAUUCUACGCCUAGCCAGCGGGAGCCCCAGGAGGCGUGGGAGGGAGGGAAGGAGCCGAGCAAGCAAGCGGCCCGGGUUGGGGCUGUGUCUGGUCCCCCUAACAUCUUCCCCGCCCGACACACGCACCCUGAAGACGGGAGGGGGAACCGGGGAAGCUUUUUUCCCUUCCUGCAACAGUCGUCGCCGUCGGGGACCCCUUGGAGAAGAUGCCGGACCAGAUGCAGACGCCCCCCUGGGUGGAGGGGGGAGGCCCGGCAUCGGAGCUGUCCACAGCAGCUGGGAGCAGAGGAUCAGCUGGGGAUCCAUGUUACCAGAAUCCAAAAUGUCCUGAUAGAAUUGAAGAAGAACAAAAAGUAGAACCACACAUAGCCCGGCUGCAGGAGUUAUGGAACACCCCUCAACUCCAAACUGUUCACAUUCCGAAAUCAAUGAACUCUCCAUUUCUAAAGCACCCAGAACUCACAACGGGUCAAAAGCGCUAUCUCUGCAGCAUUGCCAAGAUCUAUAGCGCGGAUUCCUUGAAGACACUGAUGAAGAGACAGUAUAUGCAUGUGAUUCAGCAUGACACACAAAAGCCAGGUAUCUCUACCCAUCACAGAAGUCAGAUCAAUCCACGUUACUCACAGAAGCAGCAUUCUCCCUGCACCACAUGGAGACACCAGCUGGAAAGGUUGGACUCUCUGCAUUCUAGUGUCAUAGCCACACCAGCAGCAGAAACGCAGGCCAUACAGCAUUCUCUCUGGCAACCAGGGAGGAACAAAGAAGGGUUAAAAUGUGGCCCUCUAUCCAAAGCAAGAUGUAAGUCACUAAAGAUUUUUCAAAGACCCAGCAAAGCUUUCAGACACCCAGCUUUCACAAAUGAUUCUGACUCAUAUAUGAGUGAAGAAAAGAGAGAUGAAGAUUUAUUAAAUAAAUGUAUGCAGUCAAUGUCAAUAGAAGAACAAGGGGAAAAUCUGAUGUGAAUUUUAUACUCCUGUCUCAUAGUCCUGACUUUAGUUAUUGGCCUAAAAGCCAAGUUGUUGUUUUUACAAAGUCAAGUGCCAAAGGAGAAGGUUGUGAAUUCUGUUCAUAACUAAUAUUAGGUCAGUACUGUGUUACUCACUAUAUAGUCUUAUUGGCUAGUUUGGAAUCAUUCCAAAAUUGGGCUUGUGAAUGUGUCACUGGUUUGAUGUAGUUCAGUGUUACGGUGAUAUUUGUGCAGUAAAAUUUCUCUGUAAUCCAAGCUUGUAUUUAUAGGCAGACACAUUUAAAACCUUUCCUGCCAUUUAAAAAGAAAAAUAAGAGUUUUCUUUAAAGCAUUUGCUACCAAAGGCUAUUAAACAGUAAAUUUUGCAUAAGCAUCCUGCUGUAAGUGAAUCUUUCUCUCUGUGCUAAAUCCUCAAUAAACAUUUGUUGAAUUGGA